AAGCAAGCCUUUCUGGUGGCACUCCACGCAGCCUCCUGAAGCACAGUGCACCCAGCUGUGGGCAAGGACCCAGACACCCUGGUGCUGAGUUGAGAGGCUGAAGUCCAGAAGAGCUAAAGAAGGACAAAUAAAGCCAUGAUAUUUCCAUGGAAAUGUCAGAGCUCUCAGAGGGGCUCAUGGAAUAUCUUCAAGUUGUGGGUCUGGACAGUGCUAUGUUGUGAUUUCCUUGCACGUCAUGGAACCAACAGCUGGACUUACCACUAUUCUGAAAAAUCCAUGAACUGGGGGAGGGCUAGAAGGUACUGCCAAGAAAAUUACACAGAUUUAGUUGCCAUACAAAACAAGAGGGAAAUUGAGUACCUGGAGAGGACACUUCCCUUCAGCCACACUUACUACUGGAUAGGAAUCCGGAAAGUAGGGGGAAUAUGGACUUGGGUGGGAAACAACAAGUCUCUUACCAAAGAAGCGGAGAACUGGGGAGAUGGAGAGCCUAACAACAAGAAGUCCAAAGAGGACUGUGUGGAGAUCUACAUCAAGAGGACCAAAGAUGCAGGAAAGUGGAAUGAUGACUCCUGCUACAAACAAAAGAGAGCCCUCUGUUACACAGCUUCUUGUCAGCCCUGGUCAUGUGGCAGCCAUGGAGAAUGUGUGGAAACCAUCAAUAAUUACACCUGCAACUGUGAUGUGGGCUACUACGGACCCCAGUGUCAAUUUGUGAUUCAGUGUGAGCCUUUGGAAGCCCCUGAUUUGGGGAGCAUGGACUGUAGUCACCCCUUAGGGAACUUCAGCUUUAUUUCCACAUGCACCUUCAACUGCUCUGAGGGAACAGACCUCAUUGGGAUUGAGGAAACCACUUGUGGACCUUUUGGAACCUGGUCAUCUCAAGAACCAACCUGUGAAAAAGUGGACAGGAGUUUCUCAACGAUCAAGAACGGCGACUAUAACCCUGUCUUCAUUCCAGUGGCAGUCAUGGUUACUGCUUUUGCUGGGCUGGCAUUUAUUAUUUGGCUGGCGAGAAGAUUAAAGAAAGGUAAACAGUCCCAGAAAAGGGGCCACCUUGGGGCAGGAGAGUGGAUUUGGGGAUUCUCACAUUCCAGGAAGUUAACUUCUCUUUUGGGAGCAGCAAAAAUGAUCCAUAUUAAAGCAGCCUCUGUGAAAAAAAAAUUAUUGGGAUACUAAAGUGUCACUGGAUCCUUCAAAUCCCUCCCUGAAAAGUAUCACAUGGUGGUGUCUCCUAUAUUGAAGAUGGAGUGCUUCUCUUUCUGUGCAUCUGGAAAGAUUUCUACAGGAUCAGCAGCUGUUUCUGCUCCCUACGUGCCCCUCACCCACCCCUGCACCCCUGCGUACAGUUGUGCUUUAUAUUGCUUGUGUUUAUUCUCUUUUUCAUGGACCAUGAGGGGAGAAGAUGGCUUUGGAAUAUAAAGAUGUCCGAUUUUGCUCUCUAUCUUGACUCCACUUCCAGUUCCAACUCAGUGCUGUACCUGAUGACCUUCUGUACCUGAUGACCUUAAAUACAGUGGAAACUUGAUACA